GAAUGUGGGCAACACUCGCUCGAUCAGUGUGCCCUGCCGCGUCAUGCUGGCGCGUUGUGCGCUAAACUACGAAAAAAUAAACAUUCCAAUUACAAAAAAUCGCGCGUAAAAUAUAACCUACAUUAUUUUAAUCGAGAGCGGUGCAUUUAUAAGAUUAACAAUGUUUCUCUUUAUAGUUUUGGCGUUAGUGGGCGCUUUGUCUGUGUUUUUUAUUCUGAUCGAUUCCUUAUGGAGUGUGUUGGAGCUGAUAUCCUCAUACUUGAUGCCUUACUUCCUUCCCGCCGAGGUACAGCCGCUGUCCAAGAGGUUCGGGCCUUGGGCUGUGGUGACGGGAGCGACGGACGGGAUCGGCAAGCAGUACGCGCUGGAGCUGGCGCGGCGCGGCAUCAACGUGGUCAUCAUCAGCCGGAACCCUGACAAGCUGAGGGCCACGGCCAGCGAGAUCGAGAAAGAACACAGUGUGAAGACGAAGAUCGUUGUAGCGGACUUCAGUAAGGGCGCCGAAGUGUACCCGCACAUCGAGGAGGAGCUCAAGGACAUUCCCGUCGGUAUACUAGUCAACAACGUAGGCAUGAACUACGACUACCCGAUGCCUCUGUGCGAGACGUCCCCCUCCAAGUGCUGGGACCUGAUCAACGUGAACUGCGGCGCGGUGACGGCGCUGACGCGGCUGCUGCUGCCGGGCAUGGUGGCGCGCGGCGCGGGGGCCGUCGUCAACGUGUCCUCGGGGUCCGAGCUGCAGCCGCUGCCGCUCAUGACUGUGUAUGCUGCCACUAAGGCCUACGUGCACAGCUUCACGCACGCCAUCCGCGAGGAGUACUCGUCGCUGGGCAUCCACAUCCAGCACCUGGCGCCGCUGUUCGUGUCCACCAAGAUCAACGCGUUCUCGGCGCGGCUGCUGGCCGGCAACGUGCUGGUGCCCGACGCCGCCACGUACGCGAGGCACGCCGUGGCCACGCUCGGCCGCCAGCGGGACACUACCGGAUACUGGCUGCAUGGGAUACAGUACUUCCUGAUCAAAGUGGCUCCAGUUUGGAUCAGGAGCAAGAUUGGCAAACACCUCAACGAGCAGUUCCGACAGGAGUACCUCCGAAACGCGAAGAUAAAGGCUAACUAGACGUGACUUAUUUAAUAGUGAAUACCUCCAACUAGUAAGGGUACUUGGUAUAAGACCAUCUACU